CUCGGCAGUCUACAGACACCGAGAUAAGGCACCUCAUACAGCGAGAGUACUGCCCCAAUUGGUUUGGUGCCGCACGCCGCACCAGUACAUAGCUCAGAUGCACAUGCUGCGCUCCAUCUUGAGCGCUUAUCCACGACGAGCUCUCUCCCACACAAGACCACAACCACGACUUUCGACAAACUUUGCGCCGUUCGCGUGCUGGACAAGCGCCACAUAUUCAACCGCGUCACUCCGAUCACCACAAAGUUUCUCUCAACCCCACAGAGCCUCGGCUUCACAACUGCCCCUCCAUACCUUCCGUCGCUACGACACCCGCGCGCUAACGAUGGCGUCCAAAAACUACGAUGAUGUUCUCAAGGGCAAGUAUCCCGCCAAGGAACACGCCAGGCGCGUGGUCGAGGUCAUCCGAUCCAGCCAGCCCGACGUCAGCGGAGUUCUUUACCUGGAGGGACAGAAGACAAAGAUGAUUGAGGAUAAUGACAGCGAGGAGCACUUCCGACAACGCCGCUACUUCUACUACCUGACCGGCUGCGAACUCCCGGACUGCUACCUGACCUACGACAUCGCCACCUCCCGCUCAACCCUCUACAUCCCACCUGUUGACCCCGAGUCCGUCAUUUGGUCGGGCUUGCCCAUGUCCGCCUUGGAGGCGCUGCAAAAGUACGACGUCGACGAGGUUCGCUACACCCACGAAGUCAACGCCGCCCUGACUAGCCUCGCCGAAGCGGCCCCCUCCUCCACCGUCUAUGCGAUCCCGAACCAGGUCUCGGACAGCAUAACCUUUCUCGGCUUCGGAGCCAAGAACUUUGACGUCCUGAAGCCGGCCAUCGAGCGCGCGCGUGUCGUCAAGUCCGACUACGAGAUCGCCCUCAUUGCCAAGGCCAACGACAUCUCGGGCGCCGCCCACCUUGCUGUCCUGAAGCGUGUUCGUCACGUCAGCAAUGAGCGCGAGCUGUACGCCACCUUCCUGGCCGAGUGCAUCAGCCGUGGCGCCCCCCACAUGGCCUACCACUCGAUCGUGGCCGCGGGCCGCGCCGCUGCGACGCUGCAUUACGUCAAGAACGACGAGCCGACCGCCGGCAAGCUCAACCUGCUGCUGGACGCCGCCUGCGAGCUCAACUGCUACGCGUCCGACAUCACUCGCACCUUUCCCAUCUCGGGCAGCUUCACGCCCGAGUCUCGCGCCAUAUACGACACGGUCCUGCGCAUGCAGCUCGAGACGCUGGCCAUGCUCAAGGAGGGCGUGCGGUGGGACGACGUGCACAUCCACGCGCACCGCGUCGCCAUUGAGGGGCUGCUGGCGGCCGGCAUUUUCAAGAAGGGGUUUAGCGUCGACGAGAUUCUCGAGAGCAGGACCAGUGUUGCUUUCUUCCCGCACGGGCUGGGCCACUACCUCGGCAUGGACACGCACGACACCGGCGGCAAUGCCAACUACCAGGACAAGGACUCCAUGUUUAGGUACCUGAGGGUCAGAGGAACGCUCCCGGCCGGUAGCGUGAUUACUGUCGAGCCAGGCAUCUACUUCUGCAACUUCAUCAUUGAGCCUUAUCUGAAGGAUGAGAAACACUCCAAGUAUAUCGACGCCGCGGUCUUGGAUAAGUACUGGGAUGUUGGAGGUGUUAGGAUCGAAGAUAACGUUGUUAUCACCAAGGAUGGUUAUGAUAACCUGACUACAGCGGUCAAGGAUGCAAAGGAAAUGGAGAAGAUCAUCUCCUCAAGCUAAGUGCGAUAGUAUCCACCAGACAGUAAUGCAUGUCUCCGCUUACUAGCGCGCCUGACCCUGCUCUCGAUUUACACUCUUCUUGCUGCUAUGUUUUGGGCGAUUGGUGGAUGGCUAUUGAUCAUAUGCUCAGCAUACAAGUGCCUGAAAUCUGUCUCGUGAUAGCUGUGAGCAAAACGCUCUUUUUGGAUGCAUACACCAGGGCUAAGUCUCCGUAGAGGACAUGAAAUGUCUGGGUUCAGCCGCUUACAGUCUGAGGGAGUUUUACCAACGCAGGGCUGAUUCCCGUUUCAGUGUCGUAUGCUGACCAUGGUGCUGGCAUCAAUAUUCAAGCAUGAAUUGUCAGCAUCGCUCGAAGGAUAUAUGUAGUGCAAUACGCAUCGCAGCUGUUAGACGGUGAAUAAUUGGGAGAAUAUUGUCUCCCGGCAUAUACUAUGUAUUAUGUUAAACUCACAAAGCCACAUUGCAGCUGGUGACGAUAAAUAAGACUGGCCAUUCAUGGGAAUUCACCAGUGCCCAAGAAAACCUUUAGCCUCUCAUCAAGCCAAUCCACGUCGACCUUGUUGUCUCCAGGUCCUCCAGCCCUGGAUAUGACAUAAUGAUGUUAGUACCAAGCCUCGUUUCUUCGUUUUACACUCUUUAAAGCAAUACCUACCAGUGGCCCCAUAUCGAUGGGAAAGCAAUGCACUUGCCGACACCCUUGUUCAUGCAUUGAACCUCGUACUCGCUGUCCUCGGGCGGAAAGUACAGAUCCGUCUUCCCAGGGAGCACCAAGGUCUUGGCCUUGAUGCCCUUCAUGGCCGAUUCGAAAUUCCCGCCGUAGGGCUCUUGGGCGGAGACGUCUCCAGCCUGCCAGGUGUGGAGCAUGACGAG